CAUGAAAUUAUGGAAAUGAUUACGCUCACUCAUGCACAGAUACACACACGUUAAAAAUAAAAAAAAUAAUUGAGCAACUUUGAAAUAAAGAGAGAAUAAAAAGGUAAAAGAAAGAAAGUAGGUUGAAAAAAAACACUUUUGAUUGUUUUCACACUAUCUUUCUCUUGCUUUCUUGCAUCAAAGGCUAUUCAACAGUGAUCUCAACUCCCUCUUCUUCUCCUUCAAAAUCUCAGACAUGCUCCUCUCUCACUCCUCUCAUUCUCUCUCUACCUCUCCUCAUGGGAUACCUCUCCUGCAACGUUGAAUCCGCAGUUUCCAUCUGCGAUCCAUACAACUGCAACCCUCGCCGAUCAAAGAAACCUCCUCCUCAAACGCCGCUCCGUGUCUUCAAAUACGACGAACUCGCCGCCGCGACUAACGGCUUCUCCGCCGGUAACUUCCUCGGGAAAGGCAGCCACGGGAGAGUUUACAAGGCGGUUCUCGACGGCGGGAAGCUCCUCGCCGCCGUCAAACGAACCACGAUCGCAAGCGCGAGCCAGGUGGACAAUGAGAUCGAGAUUCUGUCACGUGUUCGUCACCGUUACAUGGUCAACUUAAUCGGUUACUGCGUUGACCAACGGAGGAAGACGAAGCUGUUAGUUGUCGAGUACAUGUCUAACGGCACGCUUCAUGAUCACUUGCACUACUCUCGUAGUGGCAGUUCGUUACAACCGCCUCUUAGUUGGAACCGUAGAAUCAAACACGCGCUUCAGAUCGCGAUUGCUCUCCACGCUCUCCACUCAGCCGAGACUCCCGUCAUCCACCGCGACAUCAAAUCGUCCAACAUUCUAAUCGACGGCGACGGAAACGCGAGAUUAGCCGAUUUCGGAUUGGCCUUGAUCGGACACGUGGACGAUGAGCGUCUGAAAGCCACCCCGCCGGCGGGAACGAUGGGAUAUCUAGAUCCGUCGUAUUUAGCGCCGGCGGAUUUGACGGCGAAGAGCGACGUGUUCAGCUUCGGGAUACUGUUGUUCGAGAUUGUUAGCGGUAGAGACGCGAUUGAUUUGAAUUACAGUCCGCCGUGUGUCGUCGACUGGGCGGUGCCUCUCGCUAGACGCGGCGAGUACGGAGCGCUUUGCGAUUCGAGGAUCAGGAACCGUCCGAGUUCCGCCGCGAUCCGGAGAUUGGUUGUUAUGGCGGCGAGGUGCGUGCGAUCGACGGCGGAGAAGCGGCCUGAUAUGUCGGAGGUUGUGGAGUGCUUGAAGACGGUGCGGAAGAUGGCUCAGGAGUCUCCGGUUUGGAAUCGGUUACGGCGGAGAACCGGAGACGGAUCGGAAAACGUUAACGUUAGUGAAGAGAAGGAAGAGAUCAAUGUGAGGAUCGUGAGAGGAGGGAGCGCGAAGAAGAAGAUGAACAAGGUAUUCACUGAGGACGAUACAGUCCCGGAGCAGGCGGUUACUCGUCGGAACCGUGUGCUGAGGUCGAGAUCAGUUGGUGCGAUGGGGGGAGCGAGAGUUGGACCGGAUCCAAACGGCGUCGUUGAGGAUGAUAAGGUUGUUACGACGAUAAGAGUUCUUGUGGAGAGGGAAAGAUUAGGGAAGACGGGGGCGAUGAUGAAGCUGAGCAAGUCGAGGUCGGUGGGGAUUGUACGUAGUCAUAAAACGGUGUCGUUGAGGCUUUAUUGAUUUUGUUAACGGAAGUCAGCAAUUUGCCAGGCAAUCUGUUUGACUCUUGUCAGAUUUGUUUUCCACAUUUUCUUUCUACUUUUUUUGUUUUUAUUGUAUUUGAUUCUCAAUUAAAAAAAAAACUAUGUGCUUGCUUUGAAUUUUCAUGAAAUGACUGAACAUAAAGUCAAAAGGGGUAUGGUGUAGACUUGAACAUUAUAAAGUCGAACAGAAAAAUAAGUUGAAAUGUUUAAUAUUUC